UUUAUUUUUCUUGGUGUGAAACUCAACGAAGGUUGCUUUAAAUGAACUUACCAUUUUUUCUCUUUUCGCCCCGAGUUACUUCUUGAAAUUUUAGCCAACUUUUUCGAAUGAUUUGACGGGCAAUUCUUCUUUUGUUCGUCUAGGAACUCUAAAUUGAGUUAUAAGUGUGAGAAAAUGGCUUCGAAUGAUGAAGAGACUGCUAUCGCUGCAUCGAUUGCUGUAUAUCUCCAAGAAGAAAUUCAAGGUGGUCAUCUUAACAUGGAAUCCAGGGAGAGCUUGGCCGUCGCCCGAGAUUGUAUCAGAAAUGUUUAUAAGGUCACUGGGUCGGAAAAAACAGUUCCCCUGGAUUUUGCAUUCAGAUCCGCUUUGAAGUUAUGUGCUAAAGCGAGAGAAAGCUUCAUCCAAGCAGCCAGUCUUGAACCGGAUAAUGAAACGUAUCACAACAAUAUUAAGGUCGUGACAGAGAAAAUAGACCAAGAAGAGCGUGCGCGACGAAUGGGUGCCGAUCUUUUCUCUUCGAUUUUACCGCCUAUGCCGGCACCUCCUGGCGGGGAUACUAUUUCAUUUCUCAACGACCCCAAUUUCAUGUCUAUGGCGUCCCGUGUCAUGCAGGAUCCUAACAUGCAGCAAAUGCUAUCCUCUGUUGUUGGUAAUCUGGUGAGCGCUGUGCGUCCUCCGGGAGAUGGAGCUGAUUCUGCUGGACCUGGAACGUCAGGUGGAGAAACUGGACAGUCAGGGGAUGAAUUCACUCAGGAUUUCACAAACAUAUUAAGAGUUGGACAACAGCUUGCGAAUCAGAUUUCAAGCGCUCAUCCUGAAUUGAUCGAGGAACUUCGGCGUGUACGCGGAGAGCCUCCGGUCGACGAGAGCAGAAACCCGGAAGGAAACUGA